UUCUUACUCUCGAUGACAUCAAAUGAAAAAAUGAUACAAUACGCUCUAAAUCUCUAUUUACUUACUAGCCAUUGCUGAAAUGGUCCAUUCCAUAGAUUAAUUAUUAGAGGGCUUAAAUAUCUGGAUGCAUGACAUGUUACAGAUGCAAGCAAGUAAUCCUGCAGCAAUUGUGUGCUCUACUACGGCUGCAAUUGCAUCAUGUUUAGGCGUGGUUUCUAGGAUUACGGCUAACCUAACCAAUUAGAGGAGAUUCAUCUCAUAAACAUGAAACUAGUUGCUAAUUAAAUUCAAACAUUUGGAAGUCAACUUCGUCAUCCAUUCAUAAUCCCCCUUAACAACACACAAUCACAGAAAAUUAGUAUUCAAAACGAACAAAAAUGAAAAGAACAGCCGACAAAUACAAAACGCGUUUUUUCUUAAAGGACAAAACAGAAAGUUUACUUUGACUCAUCAUUCCUCUUCUUCUUCACCAUUAUCAUCAUCACAACUCCAAUCCUUUUUUUCAUUUUCAUUCUUCAUGAACUAAUUUGGUCGGCCACAAAAAUCAAGAAAUUUCAUUUUCAUGGAAUUCAAUCUCUUAAAUUGCACACCCCAUUAUCAACAUUUCUUCAAUUGUCACCUUCAUGGAAAUAUUAUCUGAUCAUAAGUUCAUAACAAAUAUCAUCAUAUUCAAUGAGAUUGUUAAGUUUUACUACUAGCGUUUUCUUUCUUGUUUUCUUGUUCUUAAGGGAAUUGAAUAGAAGCAAUAUCUGGGUUCAUGGGCAGUGUUUGAAUGAUCAGAAAUCUCUAUUGCUCCAACUAAACCAAAGCCUUGUUCGGUUUUCUAGUUUAUCUCCGUCUAUUACAUCGGUUCCGUCCAAGCGUGGUUCUUGGCUUUCAAAUACUGAUUGUUGUAAAUCUUGGGGUGGUGUUGGUUGUGAUGGAAGUGGUCAUGUUAUCAGUUUAAACCUCAGUGGUGAAUACAUUUCAGGCGGACUGAAUAGUACUAGUAGUUUGUUCAAGUUACAGCAUCUCGAGAGCUUGAAUUUGGCUUAUAACAGCUUCUUUUCGACAGUGAUUCCCUCUGGAUUCAGUAAGCUUGCUAACUUGACUUAUCUUAAUCUUUCAAAUUCGGGUUUCAGUGGGCAAAUUCCAAUUGAGCUUUCGCGGAUGACAAGGUUGGUAACACUUGAUCUUUCUACUUUUCUACCGGGUAGUACUUCAUUAACAUUAAAAAAUCCUGAUUUUGAUACAUUCAUUCAUAAUUUGAAAGAACUUAAAGUACUCUCGUUAGAUGGUGUAAACAUAUCAGAACACGGUGGCAAGUGGUGCAAAGCGGUGUCCAGUUCACUACAAAAAUUGCAAGUCUUGAGUCUGUCUAACUGUUACCUUUCAGGGCCUUUAGAUAGAUCUCUUUUACAGCUUCGGUCACUCAAUGAACUUCGACUCAGCAAUAAUAACAUCUCUGCCGAAGUCCCAGAAUUCUUAAGUGAAUUCCGCAACUUGACUUCCCUACAUUUUAGUUCCUGCGGGCUGUAUGGAAGAUUCCCGGAGAAAGUUCUUCAGUUACCAACACUUCGAAGUUUAUAUAUGUCAAACAAUAAGCUCCUUCAAGGUUCUUUACGGGAAUUUUCUGAGGAUGAAAUGCUGCGAGACUUGGUACUGUCAGAUACAAGUUUCACAGGGGAACUACCGCAUUCUAUUGGUAAUCUCACAUUCUUAUCCCGCUUAGAGCUUGAGAACUGUAGCUUUAAUGGUUCAAUUCCCGCUUCAAUUUCAAAACUUAGCCAACUUCAAUAUUUAGACCUUUCGAUGAACGGUUUUACUGGUUUGAUACCAUCAGGCGAUUGGUCUAAAAGUCUCAUAAAUAUAAACCUUUCGUAUAAUAAUUUAACAGGUCCAGUUCCUUCUGAAUGGAACAGACUUCAUAAACUAGUUAAUCUAAAUUUGAAGAACAAUUCUCUCAAUGGAACAAUCCCAAGUACUUUGUUUAGUCUUCCUUCACUGCAGAGGCUACAACUUACAAUGAAUCAGUUCAACGGUGGUCUUGAGGAGUUCUCCAACGGAUCCUCUUCUCCACUAGAGAUCCUUGAUAUGAGUAUUAAUAAACUGCAAGGACUUAUUCCAGUGUCAUUUUUCGAUCUCUCCAAACUGAAAAUUCUCACACUUUCUUCAAAUAACUUCAGUGGCAUCUUAAUUCUAGAAAAGUUUUUCCAGAAAUUCAAGAAUCUUUCAAAUCUUGAUCUUUCGAGUAACAGAUUGUCGAUCAACAUUACUGGUGACAACUUUACAUCGUUUCCUCAAGUUAGCACACUGAAGUUGCGUUCUUGUAACCUCAGCAUAUUCCCCUCUUUCUUGAGUAACCAGUCCAGGUUGACCUAUCUGGACCUUUCCGACAAUCAAAUGAAAGGGAAAAUACCAAACUGGAUUCAUAUGCUCGGCAAAGGAACUCUUACACAUUUGAAUCUUUCGUAUAAUUUCUUAGAGGAUCCUGAAAAAUCCUUACCUCCUAAUAGUUUUAGAUGGCUGGCUGUUCUCGUCCUUCGCUCGAACCGGCUUCAAGGGAAGAAUGUGAUUUUACCAUCAUCUGCCAGUGUCUUGGACUACUCAUUAAACAACUUCACCUCCAUGAUCCCAAAUAUCUCUUCUUACUUAUCAUUUGCUAUAUUCUUUUCUCUAGAAAACAAUAAACUGAAUGGAGAAAUCCCCAAAUCCAUAUGUGGAGCUGGUUAUCUUCAAGUUCUUGAUCUAUCUCAUAAUAACAUGAGUGGGGAAAUACCACCAUGUCUAGUAGGGUCCAUUCCAAGUCUCGGAGUUCUAAAUCUAAGAGGAAACCAUUUUAAUGGAAGUAUACCGGAGAUAUUUCCAAAUAAUUGUACACUGGAGACACUCGACCUCAACCGAAACCAUUUUGAAGGUCAGCUGCCAGGGUCUCUUGCCUAUUGUAAGAAGCUAGAGGUCUUAGACCUUGGGAAUAAUCAAUUAACCGGAGAUUUCCCUUCCUGGUUGGGGUCUAUGCCCAAUUUGCGUGUUCUUGUGUUACGGUCCAACAGAUUCCAUGGUCCCCUAGGAAAUGCGGCUGGUAUAAAGUUUCCAAAGCUGCAGAUUGUAGACAUCUCUUCCAACAAGUUUUCAGGUACUCUUUCCAGUGAAUGCUUCUUGAGUUGGACUGCGAUGAUGGUUAGUGAAGAAGAAGCACUAUCAAAUCACAAGCGCAAGAUCCUAGGAUUUAAGGUCUUACAACUUACCGGCUUGUACUACCAAGACGCGGUGAUGGUUACAAGCAAAGGACUGGACAUGGAGCUAGUGAAGAUUUUAACGGUUUUUACGUGCAUGGACUUGUCAAAUAAUGAAUUUCAAGGAGACAUACCGGAGACAAUUGGAAAGCUUACGUCACUCUAUGUUCUGAAUUUCUCAAGAAAUGCUCUUACAGGUUCAAUACCAUCAACUAUUGGUAAUCUUAAACAACUUGAGUCGUUAGACCUCUCGAGGAACAUGUUGACCGGAGAGAUCCCAUACCAAUUGGCUCAAUUGUCAUUCCUUUCGGUAUUGAAUCUCUCCUUCAACAGACUUGUGGGAAGGAUUCCAUCAGGCAAUCAAUUUCAAACUUUCCUUGCGAAUUCCUUUGAAGGAAACGAAGAAUUAUGUGGGAGUCCCUUGCCUGUCUGCAAAAAUACCACCGACAAGGCGCAAAAGUAUGUGCAUUUCAAGGGUGAUGUUGAUUGGCAAUUCAUAUUGACAGGGUUGGGUUUUGGUGCUGGCAUGGGAAUGAUUCUUGGACCAUUAUCAUUCUGGAAGACAGGAAGGCGGUGGUACAAUGAGCAGUUAAACAGAAUCCUUACAAGAAUUCUUCCAGAGAGACUGCAUCAUAAAUUUUGUGACGGCGAAAGAAUUGAUGCAGAGGAAACUAUUGAAGAGGAGCUUACAGACACGUCAGCAUUCUACUACUACGACGAUGAUGAGGAUGAAUACAACGACGGAGAGUUUAAUGGAUACUACUGUGUGUACUGUACAAAACUAGACGGGAGAAAAGUAAUACAUAAUCCCAGCUGCACAUGCCAUAAAUCACCACUAAACUCUUCUUAGUUUCUUUUGUAGACCCAAAUCAGGUCUUCUUUUUUGAUUCAUGUACAUAAACUAGAGAAACCCCAUUUGAGCAUGGAGUAAUUAGUAAAAUGAGACAUAUAACACAAUUGUAGUCUGUAACUAACUUCUGUUCAAACUUAGAAAUCAAAUGAUUCUGACUGCUUCACAUAUCA